GGAUUAGCAGGAAUCCCAAUUGGAAACCCGAAUCCCCAGGAAAUCACCAACCAAUUUUUGAUUACAAGCACAGGAGAGGUUUUCGAAAACCGAAAAUAUUGAAAAUGAGUUCCAGGAGCCGAGCUCCCUAGUCACUAAGCACCUUUCUCCACCAGCGGCCACUUAAAGAAGCCGAAACACUGAACGUACACACCGCCAUUGCCUUAGACCUCAAAGCAGAUUGAAUACCACAAACUAAAGAGAUCGAGAAUACAAUACGAGCUUACUAGUCAACGAAUUUACAAAACCAGGUGCAAUACAGCAACAUCAUCAUCGGGACACCAAAUAACUUUGUGGAGCAGCGAAGGCAAAACAUCGAACCCCAAUGACCACACGCCUGGCACCGCAGCGCCAGUUCAUCAUCUCGACGCGCUCUGCCAUCGUGGAUGCCACCUCGCCACCAGAGGACUCAGUGGAGGAGCAGCAGCAGCAGCAGCUGACCGUCGAGGUGGAGAGCGCCACCACCGGACUCACGGGGGGCAGCACCACCAAUAGCACCACAUCGCCACCGCCGCAUGCCGAGCAGUUCGAGUUCUGCACGGAGGAUGGAGUCGUUGUCUCUGCCACACUGGAGGAUGUCAUGACACAGGUAAAGCUUCUCCCCCUCUUGCAGAACUGCCAGCUCUUGCAGAAGAAACUAGUCGACGAGGACGACGAUUCGACGGGAGCAGGAGCAACCGGUGCCGAGCAGCUGGAGGUCAUCCGCGUCGUACUGCCCAUGGAUGCCGAGGACUCGAGCAGCGAUGCCCAUCUGCAUGGGCAUGUGGUGAACAGCAGCAGCGACACCAUGGGCACCAUUACCACCACGGAGCCGAAUGGAACCACCGUGACCCACUCCAUACCCAUUCACAGCAUGGCCGAUCUGGAGGCGAUCAAGGAUGGCGUCGAUCUCGCCCAGCAAGUGGCCAAUGGCCAGGUGACCGUGGUCCAGACCGCCGAGGAUGACGAUGGAACGCCCUUCAUCACUGUGACGGUUUCGGGCCAGGAGCAGAACUACCAAGUGCAAUAUGUGGACUCUGAGCUGUACCACAGCAACUCCAGCCAGACGCAAAUGACGUACCCAUUCUGCCCGGUGGGGGACUACCAGAGCAACGGCCAGACGGCCUACUACUCGACCACGGGUCAGUACGGAGCCACCUCGUCGGCCGGAGGCUCCUCGAAUGGGGCGCACUCCACGACGCUGCCGUACCUGGUGCCCGUGGAGGAGGGCAUCCUCCUCAAUGGCUCCGCACACUCGCUGUCGCAGUCGCAGUCACAGUCGCAGUCGCAUGGACGCGAUUCGCCGCACAGCCUGACGGUGAGUAGCAGGGAUUGGGAGCGGGAUGCGGACCGGGUGAACGGAACUAAUCGCCACUGGGUGCAGGAGGUCGCGUACAUCCAGGAGGCGCAGAGCACGCCCCAGACGCCCACCUCGACGACCACAACCCACUCGGCUAGCGGCGGCAGCCUGGGAACGGGCGGCGGAGGCGCCUCCCCGGAUUCCGACCAGAGUGCGCUCGGCAGCAGCAACAAGAUUGCCUCGGCAACGAUCAAGUGGCUGUCGCGCAACUACGAAACGGCGGAUGGGGUGAGCCUGCCCAGAAGCACGCUGUACAACCAUUACAUGCAGCACUGCAGCGAGCACAAGCUGGAGCCCGUGAAUGCGGCCAGCUUCGGCAAGCUGAUACGUUCCGUGUUCUCCGGACUGCGCACACGUCGCCUGGGCACGCGCGGCAACUCCAAGUACCACUACUAUGGCAUCCGCAUCAAGCCCGGCUCGCUGCUGAACAGCCAGGCGAUGGACGACAAGCAGAUGCUGGCCGCCGGCUACGGACCAUCCUCGGACGGAUCCGGCGGACCCGGCAGCGGACCCUUGGUUAGCGUCACCAGCAGCACCGCCGGACAGCUGGCCGGCUCCAAUGGAUUGGGCGGUGGCCAUGGCCAGCGGCACAGCGGCGGCACCAAGAAGCACACCUUCAAGCCGGAGACCUACGAGGCGUGCAUUCAGUACAUCGGCGAUGGAACCAGUGCCCUGCCCUCGUUUCCGCCCAUCGAGCUGAACCACAGUUUCAACAGCGAACUGACCCUGGAGGACGUGGACACCUUCCGUGCGCUGUACCGGGAGCACUGCGAGUCCUUCCUGGACGCCGUGCUCAAUCUGGAGUUCAACACCGUGGAGUUCCUGCUGCGCGACUUCUGGCGGGCCAGCGACAACAACAAUCUGGACGAGUGCGAGGAGGAGAAGUAUCUGAGCAAGACGAAGCUGUAUCUGUUGUGCCACUGCGCAGAAGUGCAGAAGUUCGUGCGAGAGGUGGACUAUCAGUUCUACCAGAAUACCGUCGAUGUCAUCAUACCGGAUGUGCUCCGCUCAAUACCCAACGCCCUGACCCAGGCCAUUAGGAACUUCGCCAAGAACCUGGAGAUCUGGCUGUGCGAGAGCAUGCUGGGCGUGCCGGAGCAGCUGGCCCAGAUCAAGACCAGUGCCGUCUCGGCCUUCUGCCAAACGCUGCGGCGCUACACCUCGCUGAAUCACCUGGCGCAGGCGGCUCGAGCAGUGCUCCAGAAUGGCGCCCAGAUCUCCCAGAUGCUAAGCGAUCUCAAUCGCGUCGAUUUUCACAAUGUGCAGGAGCAAGCUGCCUGGGUGAGUCAGUGUGCGCCCGCCGUGGUCCAGCGCCUGGAGAGCGACUUCAAGGCCGCCCUGCAGCAGCAGAGCUCCCUGGAGCAGUGGGCCAGCUGGCUGCAACUGGUGGUGGAGUCGGCCAUGGAGGAGUACAACGGGAAGCCGACUUAUGCCAGAGCCGCCCGCCAGUUUCUGCUGAAGUGGAGCUUUUACAGCUCCAUGAUCAUACGGGACCUGACACUGAGAUCCGCCUCCAGCUUCGGUAGCUUCCACCUGAUUCGCCUGCUGUUCGAUGAGUACAUGUUCUACCUGGUGGAGCACAAAAUCGCCGAGGCACAAGACAAAACCGCCAUUGCGGUUAUCUGUGAAAGGAUGAAAAAGGACAUGGACUUUGAGUUCGAAUGCCAGUUCGCCUACAUCACCAGCGACGCGGAGCACCAGACGACUCCGAGCUCGGCCAGCAGUGGUGGCGACGUGGGCAACGAGGCCAAGCGACUGAAGCAGGAAUGAGGCCCCGCGACUUGGUUGUCCAUGUGGAUGCAGUGGCUGGCAUUGAGCGGCAUAGUCGUAGUGUUUAUGUAACCAGUAACCGUUGACCCCAUCAGUGUGCACCCCCAGCCCAAGCCCCUGUCGUCACCAGUCAUUCAGCUCUGCAUUUAAUAAUGGAACCGUGUUGUAUAUCCGUAAUCGUAUCGUAUCUGUGUGCUAGUUUUUAGCCCUAAGUUCCCUCACAACCAGCGUAGUCAGUCAAAAUUUUAGUGGUUAGUUUUAGGCAGGAUCCUUGCUCAUAUGCAGUAAAAGAUCUUUUGGACGGGCACUUGCGAUAUUGAAAACCAUUUAUGAUAUUGUUCAGUUUUAACUAUUUAUGGAGCUUAGUAAUCAUAUUUGUUUCUAACGUUUAAUUUAAAGGUCAGGCUAAAUGUAAUGUUCAGAGUAAAAAACGUUUGCUUUAGUAACAUUAACCAUACCCAAAGUUUUGUAUGAUAUGGGUCUGAGCUCGUUGACCGCCCAAGGGAGCUUUAACUGGAAUUUGUCGAGUAUUGGACUGCCCCCGCAUCGAAGUGAAGAGCCGUCCAGAGAGCAAGCAAGUUGAAAGCCAGUGCGGCAGCAACGUCUGGUCUUGUCUGCCCUGAUCUGUAUUCGUAGGAUACGUUUUAGUUUAAGUACAUGUGCAUUAAUAAUUGUAAUCAACUGUCUACGAUAACGAUGGGUUUGCAGGUGGCAUCAGUUUUGUCUGGUUUCAACAAACGAUCUUGUAUAUCAUAGCGCACGGCGCACACCACACACAUAGUCUUAGCACCCACACGCGCACUCAGAGGGAUUAGUCAGGAAGCUUCUAGAUUAUAGCGAAGGAACACAGCUCACAUGGAACACAUGGAACACAUCGAACAGCUUGCUCAAGUUCAAGUGAAACACCCAGCUCAAAACGCAAAAAAACCUAAGCUAAGUGAACAACAGGCCUUAAAUGUGCAAAGAUUAACACUCAAUUUUGAAACAAUACAAUUUACCAUACCUAAAUAUUAAUUAUACAUAAAGAUUCAUAAA